CAUUAGUCGCGCGCAGGCAGCGGAGGCGAGAAGUUUCGUGUCAAGUGCUGCGUCGAUUGUACAAUGUGUUCGUCGUGGUUCUCUCUCGUCCGCAGUUGAACCAACGGUGAGUUCAUCGUUAGAGUGAAUACUGGUCUCGUAACUGUUGCCAGCACUCCACGUUGCUUCGCCUGUACACAAUAUCGCUGAGAAAAACUGAACAAUGCUUCAAUAAUGUGCGCGUAGAAGAGUCGAAGACGUGCAAUUGGACACUACUAUAUUUCAGCAAGACACCAGAAUGAAGAAAUGAAAGCAGAUAUAAAAUGCUUUGGGAGAGAAUCUUCUUGGUGCUUGCACACCUUUUGGUUGUCGUUCUGUUGGUGUCAUCACUUCCACCUCAGCCUGACUGCUACACAUCUUAUGGACAGAGAAUAAAGAAUGAGAUAACACAUUCCUGUUCAAUAAGAAAAUCAGAAAAUGUAGUUCCAAAUAUCAGUGAUUGGAAUCCCCCAAAGGAAGAAUUUCAACUGAAUCUCAAAGAUUCAAAACAGGGAAUAGUCACAGCAAAAUUUCCAAUACCAGAUACACUGAUAGACUUUGAAGUUACACUUCUCCUGAAUGAAUCAGCUAAAACAGAAGAUGAAUGCAAGAAAAGUCACAUUCAUCAAGAGUUUGUAACACAUUCAAGGAAAGUGAUCAACCGGAACCAUUGCAGCUGGAAGAAUGAAUCAAGUACAUGCAGUUCUUGUGCAUCAGUGUAUGUGGAAACUGAAUUGCACAAUGUAUUCACGGGGUGUUACAUGCUAAAAGUUCGCCCCAAUAGAACAUCUGUUGAUAAUCCAAUGUUAAAGCUAAACAGAUACUCUCGCAGUAUUUUCAUAAAAUCAAUUUACCAAAAAACUUUUAUCCAGACCCCAAAUAUGUCAUACGAGUACAAUCCACAUGUAAAUGUUGCAUUUAUAAACAUUACUUCCUCAUGGAUUGGAAAAAUUCCAUUGCUUGUUAGUAUGGGAUAUAUAGAGCGAGAGGCAGGGAAUCAGUCAUGUCAAACAAGUGGCAUUGUGCAGUCCUGCUGCAGCUCAAAAAUGCCAAAUGUUACUGUGCAACAGUGUGAAACAAACAACCCAAACCAUAGGCAUCCAGAAUGUGAUCCAGAGGCUGUUGGUCUAUCAUGUAGGAUAUUUAAUGUCACCCCUGGAAAUUAUUGUAUUAGAGCUGAGGUUCUGAAUGAUGAUCGAUGUGACAGCAGUUCAGUGUGGACGCAAAACAGCCACACCUGUGUCUGGAGCUUCAAUCUAGUGGCUGCUAAGGGAGUAGCUCCUACUGAAAUUCCUGACGUGUCACCUGAUAGCAGUAUUUUUUACAUCUACAUUGGUUUGGGGGCAGCUGCUUCACUUGCCUUUUUUGCUGCCUUCAUACAUGCUGUGAAAUAUUUUAGGAGAUGCCCGUCUUAUAAUGAAGGAGGCAUCAAGCAACACUGGACUCCCAGAAUAUUUCCAAGAGAUAAAAUUCUGCUUUUGUAUGCAUGUGAUUGUUCACCUUUUAUGGACCUAAUGACUACAUUUAGAAAAAUACUCCAGAAGGUGUCUUCUUGGGAGGUUUGCGAUGUCUUUGACCCACAUCAGUGGAAUGAAAUUGCUAUUGGCCGGCAAGAAUGGAUUCAAAGGCUGUUGUCUGAAGAUGAUACUGUGAUAAUAAUUGUUGAUAGUACAAGUGCUGUGUUACACCAGAAUGCUCUGGAGAACAAUUAUAUCAUAAACUAUUUUCAGCCAAGGCCAAAUAGUGAUCUGUUUACAUAUGCACUUCAGAUGAUAACCAACAAUAUACAAAGGAAUGUUUACAAGAAGAUUUUUGUUGUAAGGUUCAGUGGUUUCUCAGAAGAUGGGCAGACACUAAGGCAUAUUGCUCCAUUACGAAGAUAUAUACUGCCUGAUCACUUCCAUCAACUCCUCAGCAGCCUCAAAGAGACUUCCUACCUCAGCUUUGAAGAAGAAUCUGAAGAAGACUUGAGAGAUGUUUGGGAACUUCAAAAAUGUCUUGACAAUUUAAUACUUUAUAAAUCGAACAACCCAAAAUAUCUCAAAAGUGUUUUAUACAGGACUUGAGGAAACUGAAUAUUUGUAGUGCAAAUAUUUCGUAAGAACAAUUGGUUUCUGACUGAAUAUUUUACAAGGCUGUACAGGAUUACUGUACAUGCAGGAAUAGAGAGGACAGAUCAGACUUUUAUAUUGUAAAUAAAUAUUCAACCUUUUUUUGUAAAUAUAUUUGUUCCCUGAAAAUUUUGCAAUGUUCUGUGUUCCUAUGUGUAUAAGUUGUUAAUAUUCUUCAUUCCUGUCAUUAGCAUUCUUUAUAGAUUAUUUAACUGUUUUCACAGUGAAGGAUAAUGAUAAAGCAACCAGUGCAAAAUCAAUAUAUUAUAUUGAAUCAUGAAUGUAAAGUGAUUUGAUUAUUAAGUGUUUUCAGAUAAAUUCUUGUUUUUAUGUUUUCUGUACAGAAGAAAGUUUCUUGUACCUUGAUAGCAUUGAUAGAUUAAGACUGUGAUACAUUAUACCCAGUGAUGCUUAAAUUAUCAUUCAUUCACUUAUUUUUUUAAGAUAAGCUAUGAUAAAUAAGCUGAAAAACAUUUGUAACACAUGAAACAGAUAUGGGGAAAAAACCACACACACACACAUCUGCAUACUACUACUGAUUCAUAUGACAAUGUAUUUUUGAAUUAGAAAUAGCUAAAAUCUUCUUAUCUACAUUGGAGACACUGGUUUGGAGAUUUCUGUACUUAUAAACAAAUUUAAUAUUUACCCUAAAUUAUAACAACUGUUCUCAUAUAAACACUGUCAACAUCAUGUAAUGGAGAAACACAACUAAAAAUACCCAAAAGACAAGACGAUCAUUUAAAAUUGCCAGUCAUGUUCAUUAUGUUCCUUGUCAGUAAUAUGCAUUCUAUUUAGUAAGAACAAAUCAAUAAAAUAAAUCUUACUCUGGUUAAUUACAAGGCUCAGUAUGCUAAAUUAUAUACAGGGUGUACAUAAAGUCCGGGAACACUUCCAAUUAUUUGUUGCACAAGAACUAAACAUUGUACAGAUGUCAUACAUAUUGCAUUUUGAAGAGAAACUCUGAAAGUUUUUCUUUUUCCAAACAUUCGAUAUGCGAACCAUGAGUGACCCGGCAGACGUCAGUACAGUAAUCGAAUUCUUGCCGUACCCGUCCCAGCAUGGCAUCGUCGACUGUGGCAGUCACUUCCCGUGUUCUCUCCCGGAGCUCUGCUACAUCACGUGGUAGAGGCGGUACAUACACCAGAUCUUUAAUGCGUCCCCACAGAAAAAAGUCACAUGGAAUGAAAUCUGGUCAUCAGGGAGGCCACUUCAUGAAACAGCUGUCCCCUUCUGUAGCACGGCCAAUCCAUCGAUGCGGCAGCUCCGUGUUCAGGUCCCCACACACUUCACGAUGAAAAUGGGGUGGAGCCACAUCCUACUGAAAGAUGAAUGGAGAGUCUGACUGUAUUUGAGGCAUCAGCCAUUGCUGCAACAUGUCCAAGUAGGAAUAUCCAGCGACAGUGCUCUCGUUCGCGCUCCACAUUCUUUUCACUCACACUGGGAUGUCGGCUUCUCUUUGCUGGGAACAAGCAACCCAUCGUAACGAAUUUGUUGUGCCAGUGGUAAAUGGUCUUCCUUUGUGGUGGUUUCUUACUGUACAUAGUUCUAAACAUCCAUUGAACAGCUGUAGCACACUUGUUUUUGUAAAAAAAAAAAAAAAAAAAAAAAAAAAAAAAAGCUGUCAGGGUUUCUCUUCAAAAUGACUUAUGUAUGAUAUCUGUACAAUGUUUGGUUCUUGUGCAAUAAAUAAUUGAAAGUGUUCCCGGACUGUAUGUACCCUGUAUAUUCACAAGACAAAAUAUUACAGUAGCCACAUUUUGAAAGAUUGUUUCCAGUAAUCAUUCAGUGUUUUAUCCCUCUAGUAGGAAAUCAUUUCCUUCAAACAUGUUUUCAUGCUCUUAUCUAUGUUGCCACUGAUGUAGCUUUGUCUGCAGAGCAAAUUAUUAUUUCAUGAUGGGACUGCCACUGAUUUAUUGUCUGUAAUAUCUAUUGUUUGUAAUACUUACAGUUGUUUAUAUACAUAGAAAUAUUUCAUGAGCUAUCUCCUUAUCUUCAGGUGAAACUUCUUGCAUUUUGAUAUCAGCCAUUGCAAAAAGAAUGUAUUUACUGCAGUGAUCUUUCUGUCACUGUGAUCAAAGAAAAAACUUGAAAAUUAUUAAGAAUUCUACAGCAUGAUUUACUAUCAAAUGUUAGUAAUGUGAAUUUACAAUUUGUCUUGUGUACUGUAAAGAAACUACAAUUUUCAUCAACACACUACAUCUUCAUGCACAUUUCUAUAAUUGCAAAAUCUUUCAUAGUACACUGCACUUCAUUACCAAAGAUCUUUUGUAUAUCUUUAUUAUGAAAUUAUUUAAUAAAAUACAUAACAAGGAAUUUUAUGUUUAGUAGUUCAUUAUGCUCAAGAAACCUGCAAAAAGAAUUAUUAUGUCACCAUCAUCAUUUCAAAUACUAGUAAUUGGUAAUUCAUGUUCUUUUGAGAAAGUAAAGGAAGAGAGAGAAAUAAAUCUUGCUUUCCUUAUAAA